GUUCCCCUGUGUGCAUCCGACAAAAUGUCGAAAAUAUCCGUCUUACAAACAUUAUUUCUAAUUUGCGUGUUACUUGUAACUCGCUCAGAGCAACAACGCAACCGCUGUCUUGGAGUUCCCGAUGGAACAUUCAUUAACGAUUUUAGCGACUGCGAUGCUUACUUUGUUUGUGCCCGAAAUAGUAUGGUACGAGGACGUUGUGCAGCAGGAUUCUACUUCAACGAGGAGGCACAAAAGUGUGAUCACCCGUGGAAUGUAACCUGUCUCUUGUGUAGAUGGUUAGACGGGCAAGGUGAAGAUGGCGAUGGUGAUGGAGAAAAUGGUGAAGACAAUGGUGAAAAUGGCGAAAAUGGUGAAAAUGGUGAAGAGUUUGAUACUGGUUUACCGGAAAAUUUCCCAAUUGAGCGUGAGUGUCGGAAGUAUACGGCAUGUGCGGAUGAUGAAGGAUUCCUGAUGGAGUGCUCCGAAGAUCUAGUAUUUAAUCCAGAUCCUGCGGUUAGAGCAUGUGAUAUUCGGGAGAAUUACGAUUGUCCAGAAAGCUUAUGUCCGAAUAACAUCAAUCCAUCAGUACCAACAUUUGUACCAGAUUUAACAGACUGCUCCAGAUAUCACAUCUGCUUCAACUGGGAAGCUGUGGCCGAAUAUCAAAGCUGUGCAGGUGAUCUGCUGUUCAACCCAAUCAUUGGUGAUUGUGAUUUUGCAGAAAAUGUGGAUUGCGAUCAUGUUAUACCGUUACCUCCUACUUCAUGUAGACCAACUGGAAUUCACUACAUUCCAGCGGAUGACUGUUACACAUACUUUGUAUGCGUAAAUGGUGUACAGCAAGAGGAGCCCCAGACAUGUUUGGGAGAAACAAUCUUCGAUAUUAUUACUAUGUCCUGCCGAAAUCGUGUCGAAGGUGAAACCGAAUGUAUUGAAGAAGACAGUGGUUUAUUCGAAGCAAUGUUUAAUGUUACUCUUCGUCACUAGAGUUUUGCUAAUCGAAAACAAUGUUUUUGGAAUCUUCGAAUAUAAUUAAAUACACAAGUUUUUAUGGUUUCAUCUUCAAAACUGUAUUUUUAAACAGAGCAUGAAUCUGGAAUAAAAGUUAAAUUAGUCACUUUGGA